CGUCGUCUAAUUUUCUUGGAGACGUGAUGCGAGGCGAGGUUGGGAAGAAGUAUCGUUGUAAAUUGUCUACCACGAUUCGGAACUUUAUUCAUACUGUUUUAUACGAAUUAAACGCAACGACGGGUUUCAUAUAAGUUUCGACUAUUUUUUAAAAUAAAUCUGACUGGUUAUGUCUAAUGAUCUCGUGAGUUUAGAUGACAUAAUCAAAAAGUCCAAACCGGGUGCCGCAAUGAGAAACCGAGGAGGACCUCGUCAGACUGUUGUUAAGAGCAAACCAAAAGUCAAUGGAACUGUUUCAAGUAGACCAAAAACAUCCAUUGAAGAUGCUCGAUUUAAAAUAAUUCAGAAGAAAAGAAAACACAUUGGAGAUGCCAGAGAAAAACUAGCUCAAAUUGCAAAACAGAGUGAUGCUCGCUUGAAAUUGGAAAAACUUAGAGCUACUACGACCAAGAAAGAUCUUGCAAGCAUUUCACGCAAGACUGGACGCAAUGGUCGUAUUUCUCUGACAACCAACAAACCACCACCUCCUGUGCAUAUUCCACGUUCAAUGCCACCAGCUUUUAUUCCACCACCAGUAAGGACUUUGAGCUAUAGGCCACCACCACCUAUAUCAGAACCACAGUAUAUGAAUGCAAUGUUAAGAACUUAUGCUAAUGAAUAUUUAAUGAACCACCAAGCUCCACCCCCUAUGAGACGAACAGUUAGCAAUGACUAUGCUCCAUCACUGCCUCCUCCUCCCCCAGUGUUUAAUAUCAAACCAACACCAUAUCGUGAUUGGGAUAAGCCACCACUACAUUCAACUUCAAGUUCAGUCUCAAGAAGUCAAUCUUUGAGAUCUUCCGAUCAUAGUAGACCACGAGAUUAUAAAGUGAUUCCUCGUACUGACAUGACUAAAGUACAAUCAACACCAAUUUACAAAGAUGAGUGGAAUUUCAGUUCUAAAUCAAGGACUAUAAUACCAGAUGUAAACUCGAAAUAUUAUCAAACAGUGAAAAGUCAUAGAGAUGUAGGAGUGAGAUCGAGACUGCAGGCAUCUCCUCCACCACCUACCAAAACCAGUCGAUCAGCACCGACUGCAACACGGCUAAAGACCAGUUCUCAGUCAGGUGGAUACCGUAUUGUCGUAUCUAAUUUACAAUCCAAUGUAACUCAAGAAGAUAUCAAGGAACUUUUCGAAGAUGUUGGAGAAUUACUUGUUUCCAGACUGGUUAGACCUGGAAUUGCAGAGGUUAUUUACAAAACUUUAAAAGAUGCAAGUAAAGCUGUCGAAACUUACCACAAUCGACAAUUGGAUGGACACCCAAUGAAAUGCCUGCUCGUGAAUCCACGACCUAAAGGCAGUUCAUCUUCAUCUUCAUCAAGCAGAACUCUUUCUCAUUCAAGAAGCUCAAGCAGUUAUGGGCAAGCUAGUUUGGGAGCUGUGCAUCGUGCAUUAUUUGACCAUUAGUGAAUUUUCAAUUUUGUUUCAAUCAUAAGGUCUUGCUAGUUUUUUUAUUUGCUAGCGAGUGUACGAGAGCUUGUAAACUGCGCAAUUCCAUUUUUAUUUGACGAGAAAUCCAGAAAUUCUAAAGCUUUUUCCAAAUUUGCAAAUUCGUUUUGUGCAUGUAGUAUCAUCACAUAAAUAAAUUAAGUUUGUUCCUAAUAUAA